UCUGGUUUUUGUUCCCUGUCCCUCUCUCUCUCUUCUUUGAUCCAAGCGCACAAACGCAAACCCAACCCUCCAAAAGGAAAAACCCACUUUUGUUUCCGCUGUUUCUUCAGGUUUUUUUUUUUUUUUUUUCUAAUAGAAACACACCCAAACCCGAAACAGAACUGGUCUUUUAAAUCACACAUUUGAUCUUUUUCUUACAGUAACCUCAAAUAAAACAAGUUUGUUUUGUUUUGUUUUGUUUUGUUUUGUCUUGUUUAAUAAUUUUGACUAUGAAACGUGGAUACCCAGAAUCUCCAUCUUCCUCUUUUGGUCCACCUCAAUCCAGAUUCAAACAUAACCCUGAAGGUGAUGCACAAUUUUUGGAGGAUGAGAACACAAAGAUUUUUGCUCGGAAAGUAGCAGAUCAUUAUAGUGCAAGAACAAAUCAAACUUUGGAAGAACGAGAAGCAAGUCCUAUCAUCCACUUAAAGAAGCUAAAUAACUGGAUUAAAAGUGUCUUGAUUCAGCUUUAUGCUCGUCGGGGUGAUGCUGUUCUUGAUCUUGCCUGUGGCAAGGGUGGUGAUCUCAUCAAAUGGGACAAAGCAAAAGUUGGAUACUAUGUUGGAAUUGAUAUAGCUGAAGGCUCGAUAGAAGAUUGUCGUACGCGAUAUAAUGGUGAAGCAGACCAUCAUCAACGUCGCAAAAAGUUCACUUUCCCUGCCCGUCUCAUAUGUGGGGAUUGUUUUGAGAUGCGCCUGGAUAGAGUUUUGGCAGAUGAUGCUCCUUUUGAUAUCUGCAGUUGCCAGUUUGCCUUGCAUUAUUCCUGGUCUACAGAGGCACGUGCACGUCGGGCACUAGCCAAUGUAUCAGCUUUACUUCGUCCGGGAGGCAUCUUCAUUGGGACAAUGCCAGAUGCCAAUGUGAUAAUCAAAAAACUUAGAGAAGCUGAAGCAUUGGCCUUUGGCAACAGUGUCUACUGGGUACAAUUUGAUGAAGAAUUUGCUGACAAGAAAUUUAAAUCUUCCAAUCCCUUUGGUAUCAAGUAUAAGUUUCACUUAGAGGAUGCUGUCGACUGUCCUGAAUGGAUUGUUCCCUUCCAUGUCUUCAAGUUAUUAGCAGAAGAGUAUGAUCUAGAACUAGUUUUUGUAAAAAACUCACAUGAAUUUGUGCACGAAUACAUGAAAAAACCAGAAUAUAUAGAGCUUAUGCGGCGGCUUGGUGCAUUAGGUGAUGGUAACCAAGACCAGAGCACACUAUCUCCAGAUGAAUGGGAGGCAGCUUAUUUAUACCUUUCAUUUGUUUUAAAGAAGCGUGGCCAACCGGACCGGACACAAGCAAAUAGUAGAAGAGAUAAAGGACAGAUGCAAAUAGCAAAGGGGGACAUCCUUUUUAUUAAUAGUGAUGAUUAACAGGACAACCCCAUAAAUUCCAAAGAUUUAUAGUUAUAGUUCAAACGGGACGAUAACAGGGGUGUUUGGUUCAUGGAGCAAUACCUUGGUGAAGUUGGUCAUUGCUCUUUAACAAGCCCUACUGAAAUUUUUUCAAGGCUAUUCAGUUUUUUAGGUUUACAAAUUCUUGUUGUAACAUCACUUUUGCGCAAAGCAUCCAAGAAAUUGCCACCAUGAUACUCAAUUUGUAAUUUUGGGGCAAAGAAAAAUAGUAGUGAAGAAAAAGAGACUUAAUCCGAUGGAUAGAUUAGUUGGAUCAUGCAAUAAUUCUUAAGAAAUGAUAUUAAGAGAUGAUAUUUAAUAAUUUUGACAUUCGAAUGUAAGAAUUUAUAACUUUUGUUAUUUACUUGUUAAGCUCAUGUUGUGGUUUCAUUUGUAUUUAAACAAGAAAAAAAAGAGAAUGAUUGAGAAUCACACUGGUUGGCCAACAGUCGGUUGGUCUGUCGGUACAAUUGGUUAAAUGUGUGAGGAAGUAUUUGAUUGCCUCGAGUAUAUUAAAAAAUUCACAUUGGCUGCUGGUGUUAAGCCCUUAGCCUCACUUAUUGAAAACGAUUAGCGUUUCCACACAUGUACUUUAAACUGUACGAAAAUGACAAUAACACUGGAAAAUUUCAUUGUCAGGUC